CAAAACCUGAAGGAUGGCGCAGACGGCCUCGCUCAAGCCGUUCCUGGUCAAGUUGGUGCCAGUGUGCUUCGUUGUCGGCGCAGGAGUGGAGCUCUUCAUGGUGAAGACAGGAUUCUAUGAUAUCGUCACGAAGAACGAGGCCGAAGUGCGUGCCCAGAAGCGUGCCGAACGCAACGAGUACCUCCUCCGCAAACGAGAACAAGCACCAGAACCCGGACGAUAAAGUACUCCAUAUUCCUAGUUUACACUCACUCGUUCUAUUACACAUCUGUGCGAAAUGACGCAAACGCUGCGUGCAACUGGUCGAGUUGCUCGUCCAAACUCGACGCCCGCGUGUUCGCCACAUACUCGUCCGCCGUCGCAUGAGACCUGCCACCCGCCACCCUUGGUUGGUUUAUAGGUAGCAUCGCUGUGGCUUUUGCCUUUAACUUUUUGCGCAAGGCGUCGACAAUGUCAGCAUUGUUCUGGGUGCGUGGCACAAUCAAAGCGGUCUUGGCCUGUUGUGGCAUCGGUGGUUUUGAGCUGUCUUCUCGCGGUGGCGCAUAGAGAUGGGUCAUGUAGUCCGCUCGACAAUCGGACAAUUGGGCUUUCAAUGCCUAUCCAUCAUGUUGUCAGUCACCACAUAUCACGAAGACACUUA